AUGGGAUGGGGAAGGAGUAAGGGCGGCAAAGGCGGCAGCAAAGGAGGCAGCAAUGGCACGGACGACAAGGACGGCGAUGUCGUGCCUCAGUCUGGCUUCUUCGGUGGGGGUGGCUAUGACUACAUGGUGGAAAAGAACAGAAAGCUCAAGGAGCAGUUCGCAGCAGCUGCUGCAACUUCAGGUGAGACAGGAAAAGCGAGCAUCUUUCGGGGUCUCAGCUUCUGGAUGACCGGCCGGACAUGCUUGCCAGACCAAGAACUGAAGCGCAUCAUCGUGGAACACGGCGGUGUGUACGAACAGUAUGGCUUCACACAUGUCACGCACAUCAUCGCUGACAAUCUCGCAUCUGGAAAUCAGACCUGGGCAGAGCUAAAGAAGCGGUCGAAGCGUGUCAACGUGGUCACAUCUUCCUGGGUGACGGCAUGUGUUCAAGAAGGGCGGCGCCUUCCGGAGAUGCGCUUCAUGCCGAAAUGCUUGUCGUCUGGAUCGUCGAUGCUGUCCUUUUUGGACCAGCCGGAUGCUCGACUAGAUGGCCAGGACCUGUCAGCAGAGUGGUUGUCCUCCGUUCUGAAGAAGGCCGAGGAAUCAGGGCAGCAGCCUCUUCACUCGAGCAAAGUUGCUUCGGUAGACUUCGACAAUGCGACGCAAAAACUGUGGCCACAGUCGCAUUCAGUAGAGCUGCUGCUGACCCUUGAUGAAUCGGGGCCAGAAGCAGCUGCAGCGGCCAAGCUCUUCUUGAAGAAGGUUGAUGCGCAGCACAUGCCAGCCAAGACCGUGCACGCACUGCGCCGAGAUUUGGAAUCCAACCGAAACGAAGCGAGGUGGUACAAGAACUUUUCGUCACAGCUUUUGCAGAGGGGUGUUCCUCUGCUGCGUGCACCACUUGUGGAGGAGCAGUUGGAUUGCUUGGACCGUGCUGGGGGUAGUGAGGCUGAGGACAUCCUGCGUCAGGGCAAGAUGAUGUUAUUGCUAGAGUGUGUGGACCAAGCAGCAUACGGACAGCAAUCUCCUCUCACUGGACGGCAGGUCAACCAAAGCCUCAAGCUGUUGGCAAGCUUCCAUGCGGCUGCGUGGGAAGAUCGCGGCUUGCUGCAGCGUGCAUCACAAGUGCUGCACCCACAAGGUUGCUACUGGGCACUGUCGCGCCGUGGCGAGGAUGAGCUGCGGCAGUUGCAACCAGUCUGGACCUCGUACAUGGAAGCUUUCGCUCCGUAUGCUACAGACUUGCUCAAGAAGCCGAGCAUCCGAGACCUUGCACGGCGGCUCGAGAGCGUGGCUCCGUGGGUAGCCUCUCAACUCGAAGCUUCUCCACAUGACAACUUCGCUACGCUGGUGCAUGGCGACUACAAGGCAAUGAACCUCUUCCUGCCAGUGAAUGAGGAUGUCCAGCCGCUGCUGAUCGACUUUCAGUGGACAGGUGUUGGAUUUGGGAUGGCGGACGUCGCCAUGCAUCUGUCGCAUUCUGUCGAGACGGAGUCUGUGCUUGCACACGAGGAGGACUUGGUGCGUGUGUAUCAUUCCCUACUAACCGAUUUUCUGGAGCAGCGUGGUGCUGUCGCAGCUGCACAGGCAUUUUCCUUCGAGACGGCUUGGCAUUAUUACACCUUGUCCUUUCUCGAUUAUGCGCGCAUGGUCAUCAGCUGUUCAGGUAUGCAAGAGUCGGAGUGGGAAAGACGAUGCACGAUCACGGUCUCCAUGCUCCCGGGAGCGCUGACCGUGGCGAAAGCGAAACCCACGCCAGCCGAAGGACCCGAGGAUGCGGAUGCAUCUGCAUCUUCCCAUCGAGGAGAUGUGGAUGAUGUGGCGCAGAAGCAGUCGCUGGAUCUCACCUGCGAGGAGACACAGCCAUGCUCGGCUGAGCAGGUGGAAGAAGGCGAGGAUCCGUCAGCCCCAGCCAAGAAGAGACGGAAAUCCAUAGUCUCGGUGGAUUCAGAACAUCUUAGCCGCCAGACACCUCAGCGGAUCCAGCAAAAUUUCGCGACGUCUGCACUCGCUUUCGAGGUGAACACUUCUUGCACGGAGGGGUUGGCUGGAUUCAAUGAGCUGCUCGAAGUUCUGUCCGAUCUUGCAGCCGGCGCUGCUCACCAGCUGAGCGAGCAAGGUCGUUGCGCGGCAGCUGUAGGACUGAAGAUCACUUUGGGACAACGGCAGGCGGAGUGGAGUGGCAUGGCAGGCACCGAGGGCCACGGCGGUCAAGAAGCUCUGCUGACUACCCUGACCUCGCUGGCGCAUCGUGCCGUGGCGGCUUUGGGCCUCAGCACUGGCCUCACCGCCGAGACUGCACAUGGCAAAGUUCACAUAGAUCCCGAUGCCGGCUACCGAGCUCUUUGUCACGUGGGUAUCCAACUGCAUUUUCAGCAUGGGCAAGCUUCUGGACGCCAAGAGCCGGCACUUGCGAAGCCAAGCAAGCCAGAUGGAGGAGGUCAAGACUUGACCGGCCCUGAUGGCAGGGAGACGACAUGCAGUUCCGCGGCCAAUCAGCCCACUGUGCCUUUGGCUUUGCGACCCGAGAUGGCCGAGAUGGCCAGCACCAGCUGCGCGGGCAUGCUCUCCGGACCCACUGUUCGCCCCACCACCAACCGCCGACCUCGCUGGAAAGUUCUGCCCGUGUGGGCACCGGAUGUCAGUGCACAGCAGCUCAUCGAUCAUUGGCGGGCAAUCUGCCAUCGGGUACAAGGCCUGCAGAGAGGAUCAGUCAGUGAGUGGCACAAAGUCUGUCACCCUCGGGCCGGCCACACUCCUGGUGUCGCUGCCAGUCUCGACGUGCAUGUCUAUGCGUUUGAAGAGCUUCUGGCGCGAAAAGAGUUUGAGGUUGUUCAUUUGGCUUUGCGGGCACUUCGUGCUGCCGUCAAGAGCCGUGUGGCUUGCACACUCCGUGGAGACGGUGCCUUGGUCUGCGGAAAUUAUGCAUUGUAG